AUGAACAACUUUAUCCUCCUGGAAGAGCAGCUCAUCAAGAAAUCCCAACAAAAGAGAAGAACUUCUCCUUCAAACUUUAAAGUCCGAUUCUUUGUUUUAACCAAAACCAGCCUGGCGUACUUUGAGGACCGUCAUGGGAAAAAGCGCACUUUGAAGGGUUCCAUCGAACUCUCCCGAAUCAAAUGUGUCGAGAUUGUGAAAAGUGACAUUAUGAUCCCAUGUCACUAUAAAUAUCCAUUUCAGGUUGUUCAUGACAACUACCUCCUGUAUGUGUUUGCUCCAGACCGGGAGAGCCGGCAGCGCUGGGUGCUGGCCCUCAAAGAAGAAACCAGGAAUAACAACAGUUUGGUGCCCAAGUAUCACCCUAAUUUCUGGAUGGAUGGGAGAUGGCGGUGCUGUGCUCAGAUGGAGAAGCUUGCAGUGGGCUGUGCCCAGUACGAUCCCACCAAAAAUGCUUCAAAGAAGCCUCUUCCUCCUACUCCCGAAGACAACAGGCGGUCAUUUCGGGAACUUGAAGAAACCGUGGUCAUUGCCCUGUAUGACUACCAAACGAAUGAUUCCCAGGAGCUCACCCUACAGCGCAACGAGGAGUACUACCUGCUCGACAGCUCCGAGAUUCACUGGUGGAGGGUUCAGGACAGGAACGGGCAUGAAGGAUAUGUUCCAAGCAGUUAUCUGGUGGAAAAGUCUCCAAAUAACCUGGAAACCUAUGAGUGGUACAAUAAGAAUAUCAGCCGAGACAAAGCUGAAAAACUUCUUUUGGAUACAGGCAAAGAAGGAGCCUUUAUGGUGCGAGAUUCUAGGACUCCAGGGACGUACACCGUGUCUGUUUUCACCAAGGCCAACGUAAGUGAGAACAACCCCUGUAUAAAGCAUUAUCACAUCAAAGAAACAAAUGACAACCCCAAGCGAUAUUACGUGGCUGAAAAGUAUGUGUUUGAUUCCAUCCCUCUCCUCAUCAAUUAUCACCAGCACAACGGAGGAGGCCUGGUCACUAGACUCCGGUAUCCAGUUUGCUCCUGGAGGCAGAAAGCCCCAGUCACCGCAGGGCUGAGAUAUGGGAAAUGGGUGAUUGAUCCCUCAGAGCUCACUUUUGUGCAGGAGAUUGGCAGUGGGCAGUUUGGGUUGGUGCAUCUUGGCUACUGGCUCAACAAGGACAAGGUGGCCAUCAAAACCAUUCAAGAAGGGGCCAUGUCAGAAGAGGACUUCAUUGAGGAGGCUGAAGUCAUGAUGAAACUCUCUCACCCCAAACUAGUCCAGCUCUAUGGAGUAUGCCUGGAACAGGCCCCCAUCUGCCUGGUGUUUGAGUUCAUGGAACACGGCUGCCUGUCAGAUUACCUGCGUAGCCAGAGGGGGCUCUUUGCCGCGGAGACCCUGCUGGGCAUGUGUCUGGACGUAUGUGAGGGCAUGGCCUACCUGGAAGAGGCAUGUGUCAUCCACAGAGACUUGGCUGCCCGGAAUUGUUUAGUUGGGGAAAACCAAGUCAUCAAGGUGUCCGACUUUGGGAUGACAAGGUUCGUCCUUGAUGACCAAUACACCAGUUCCACAGGCACCAAAUUCCCAGUGAAGUGGGCAUCCCCAGAAGUCUUCUCCUUCAGUCGCUACAGCAGCAAGUCAGAUGUGUGGUCAUUUGGUGUGCUGAUGUGGGAAGUCUUCAGUGAAGGCAAAAUCCCAUACGAAAACCGUAGCAACUCAGAGGUGGUAGAAGACAUCACCACUGGAUUUCGGUUAUACAAGCCCCGACUGGCCUCGCAGCAUGUCUACCAGAUCAUGAAUCAUUGCUGGAAAGAGAAACCAGAAGACCGGCCACCUUUCUCCAGACUCUUGAGUCAACUGGCUGAAAUUGCAGAACUGGGGCUUUAA